AUGAACAAAAUGCCACGAGGGAACGAUAUUAUACACAAUAAUCAUUUCCAUAAAAAAUGGCGUUCACAAGUUAAGACUUGGUUUAACCAGCCGGCUCGCAAACACAGGCGUCUUGUAUCUCGUCGUCUCAAGGCAAAACGGAUUUCUCCUAGACCCGUAGCCGGCCCUUUAAGACCCGUAGUUAGCUGUCCCACACUACGCUACAACAUGAAGGUGCGUUCUGGGAGAGGCUUUUCUCUCCAAGAGCUGAGGGCUGCUGGUCUAAACAUAAAGUACGCCAGGACUAUAGGCAUAUCUGUCGACCACCGUAGACGCAAUAGGUCUGUUGAAGGAUUGCAAAGGAAUGUUGCUCGUUUGCGAGCAUACAAGUCAAAGGUCGUAGUCUUGCCUGUCAAAGCUAAGCCCGAAAAAAUUGCUGAGUUGACUCAGCGCAAUGGUCGAAUAUUCGCUGCCGUCCAGCGCAGGCACUUAGAGAAGUCACAUGUUCCUACAGAAGAGGAAAAAGGCUUUCAUGCCUUUCAUGCUAUUAGACAACAUAGAGCGAAUGCUCGUCACUAUGGCAAGAGACUUCUCAAGCGUCAGGAAGCUGCUGCUGACUAG